UAAAUUUUGGUCUGAAAAAUGUCAAGUGAGGAUUCGAUUGGGACAUUUGAACGAGAUGCCGAAGAGGCAAUCCGCAGCUAUAAGGACAUAAGGCGUCUUCUCAUGGAGUCGAUGCGUGUCCUGGGCGGUGGUCCGGUGACGAAGAAUGGGCUUCUGAGGAUGCUGAGCAUGACCACCGGUCAGCAUCCGACGGCCUUGGCCCAGAACGUUGAUGACAUCAUCGAGGAACUCGUAUCAAGGGGGAAGUGGCUCAAGAGAGGCAAUAACUACUCGAUGAAGAAACGCAGAGCUUAAGAAACCCUCAAGGAAGCCAGCCCUCCUAAGAAUAUUCCUCCUAAGAAGUCAUACGAUUAUUAUUCGUGAUCGGGCGGAGUCAGAAGAAAGACGAAUCACCCUACGGCUUUAAGCAAAAGGUUUCAUACUUUUCAUAUUUAGGAGAUGGGAGUCAUGUGCCGAUGGAACUAUCGGCUGAGGUGGAUGGCAUUCAGACUAAGGAUAAAUUCUCAGUUCUAGGCAUCUUUUGGCGAGAACGUGUAAAAUCUGUUGUGUAUGUUUAAAAUAAAUUUUGGCCAGAAAGUA